AUGGGCGGCCCGGCACGGCCGGCACAUCCGGCGCGUCCAGCGCACGGCUCCGCGCCUCUUGCCGCCGCCGCCGAGGACGACGCGGCGACAAGCUCCAAGGGAAGCAGCAGCCCCAACGACGCCCUCCGCCCGACCGCCGUGCCACCCUCGUGGGACGACUCGGCGGUGGCGGGAAGCACGGCGGCGGCGGGCAGUGCGAGCGCGCGGCGGACACCGUCCUCGACGCCUCAACUUCAGUGGCCGCGCGAAGGCGCCGUCGGCUAUGAGGGCGAGGGCGUGACGCGCGGCGGCGCGAGCGACGGCCCGCCACGGCUGCUCGGCGGCCAGGCGGCGGGAGAGGCACUCGACGGCGGGCUCUGCUCCGAGCCGCGGCGCGACCUUCUCGAGCAGCGCCCGCCGCCGGGAGAGGGAAUGGCUGACUCCGAGACGCGGCGCACAGCCAUCUGCGCUGAGCUGCGGCGCGUGAUGGCGGAGAGCGAGAAUGCGACGCUGACCAAGGGAGAGGGCGCCGUCACAUACCGCCUCCCCUUCACGGGCAGCUCGGAGCGGCUGAACCAGCUGCUCGUCAACCUCAUGCUCUCGUUUACGACCUGCAGAGGGGCCGACGGCUCGAGCGGAGGGGCGGGCGAGAGGGACCGACCGAUGCGGAGCUCUGGCGCGUACAACGUGAUCCGGAUGCUAGCCUUCCAGAACCCGGCCUUCUUUCGCCUGGGUGCGGGGAGCGGCGCCGUCUGCUCGUCGGAGUCGAAGCUCUGGCUCACGUUCGAGUACGGAUGGGAGGCGGGCUGGCCAAAGGAGCGGAAGCGCCUCUCACCAAACGCGGCCGACAAGAAGAGCCUGCUCGUGUGCCUGCAGCGCAUCCUGAGCAACGCCGACUCGCUCGCCGGCGCCACAUCGGACUCGCCGCUCGCCCUCCUCCAGACGCGCCGGCUGAUGCCCGCCGGCGCCGUCGGGCCCGCAACCACGCCCGACGACCUGGCUCGCGCGACGUGCGCGUCCGAGCUUGCGCCCCUGCUGUGCCGCGUCCCGCCGGGGACGCAGUUCGCGACGCGUGGCGCGGUCAGGGCGGCGCUCGCACGCAUUGCCAGGCCGGGGCUCGCGCAGCUGCGGCCGCUGCUGGAGGUGCCGCUCUACUUCAGCGAGCUCGCGCUCGAGGCGUGCGUCUUGCCGAGGCUGCUCAGCGAGGUGGAGGGGCUGACGAGCGGCGAGUGCGGCGAGGCCCUGGCCCACAUCGCGACGGGCGACGGCUCGCCUGGCGAGGCCACCGCCCCGCCGCAGCCCGAGGCCGCACGGCCCCUCGUCGCCGCCAUCCUCGACCUGGCGGGCGCGUGCCGCAGCGCCGUCACGGCGAUCGCCGACACGCGCAGGAACGCCGCGGCGGUCACGUGCGGCACGGCGGUGGGGCUCUGCCGCGUCGCGCUGCUGCGCCGCGCGCGAGCCGGCCUGUCUGGUGCGUCGGCGGGGGCGGAGGAGGAGGGGGAGGCGGAGGAGGAGGAGGGGGAGGAGGAGGAGGGGGAGGAGGGGGAGGGGGAGGGGGGGCCGUGCAAGCGGCAGGCGCUGUCCUUCCAGCCGAGCCCGGCGGAGUCGUCGGAGCACGUCGCUCGGCUCGACGCAGCACCGUCGCAUCCGGCCCGGGCGCCGUCGCCCGGCGGGGAGGGGCGGGGAGGCGCGGCCGAGGAGCAGGAGCAGGGGCGGGCGGGCGGGGCGGGGUCGGGCGAGGGGCAGCUGGACUUCUCCGACUUCGCCUUCCAGCCGAGGCAGGCGGCGUCGCCACAGCACGUCGCUCGGCUCGUCGCAGCGCCGCCGACACCGGCCCGGGCGCCGUCGCCCGGCGGAGAGGGGCGGGGAGGCGCGGCCGAGGAGCAGGAGCAGAGGCGGGCGGGCGGGGCGGGGUCGGGCGAGGGGCAGCUGGACUUCUCCGACUUCACCUUCCAGCCGAGGCAGGCGGCGUCGCCAGAGCACGUCGCUCGGCUCGUCGCAGCGCCGCCGACACUGGCCCGGGCGCCGCCGCCCGGCGGGGAGGGGCGGCGAGGCGAGGCCGAGGAGCCAGAGCAGCGGCGGGCGGGCGGGGCGGGGUCGGGCGAGGGGCAGCAGCCGCGCGCGCGGCUGGACUUCUCCGACUUCACCUUCCAGCCGAGGCAGGCGGCGUCGCCACAGCACGUCGCUCGGCUCGUCGCAGCGCCGCCGACACCGGCCCGGGCGCCGUCGCCCGGCGGAGAGGGGCGGCGAGGCGAGGCCGAGGAGCCAGAGCAGCGGCGGGCGGGCGGGGCGGGGUCGGGCGAGGGGCAGCAGCAGCGCAAGCGGAACGUGAUCGCCGAGUUUGCGUACCAGUCGAGCCAGGCGCCGCCGCGGGGGGCCGUCCCUCGGCUAGGCGCGGUGCCGCCGGGCCGGGUGCAGGCGUCGGGCGGGGAGGGGCGGCGGCCGGCAGUAGAGGCGGAGGGGAGGCCGGCUGGCACGCCGGGCGUCGAGGAUAUUCCCGGCGCGUUUGGCGGCGCCUCGACGCCCUCGCCGCUCCUCGGCGAAGAGCCCACACCUGCGGGCGGAGGGGCGCGCACGUUCGGGCGCUGGGGCGUCCGGGAGCACGGCCCGGUGCGCCCGCGGGCGACGGCGGUGCCGGGCGGGGCGGAGGGGCGGCCGGCUGGCGCGGCGGUGCGGGGCGGGCGUGGCCGCGGGCGGGACCGUGCGGCGGGCGGCGGCGUCGACGUCGACGCCCCCCUCACGCCCGAGCGGGCCGGCUGGUGGGCCUGCGCCAUCGCGGCCGCCGAGGCCGUGCUUGCCGCGGAUGAGGAGCGCUUGCGCAUCGCCGAGGCUGUCGAGGAGCGGGCGGCGUCAGCGAGCGCGAGGGCGGCGGAGGGGCUCGCGGUUGCGGACGCGAAAGCGAGGCGGGACGCGGCGAAGAACGAGCGCGACUUUUUUGAGCAGAUGCUCCGGCUGUGCGGCGGGAGGCGGGAGGCGGGCGGCGCCGAGGCGAUGGAGGUGGACGACGCGCUGGCCCAGCUCGCGGCGAGCGGGGAGGGGGCGGAGGGCGCGGGCGGCGAGGCGGGAGGAGGAGGAGGAGGCGAGCCUGGCGGCGGGCGGCGGCGGGAGGCGAGCGUGGUGGCGGGCCGAGGCGAGGAGACGAGAGGGCGCGGCAGCGUCACCGAGGAGACGCUCGCGAGGCGCGCCCUCGAGGCGCCCACGCCAGCCGGCCAGCUGGCGGCGCUCGCGACGCCCGACGUGCGGCGGCAUGCGCCUCUCGACCACCGUCGGGUCCUUGAAUCUGCUCGUGGCGCGCUCAUCGCCGCCUCGGCGGGGGCGAUGUGCGACGCGGCGGUGGCGCUGCUCCUGCUGAGAGGCGGUGCGGCGGAGGAUGCCGCCGUCGCUGCGGGGAUGCGGCGUGAGGCCGCCGCCGGGCUGGCGGCCCUCCUCGCGCUCGAUGUCGACGCGCUCGGCGACGGCGGUGACCUGCGCGGGCGCGUCGAGGGCGAGCUCGAGCGGCGCGAUGGUGUGUGGAGGCGGGCGUGCGAGCUGCACCUGCGAGAGCCGCUCAGGGUGGCGCGCAGCCUGAGCAAGCGAGAGGCUCGCGAUUUGCUAGCGGCGGGGCUCGACGCCGCGGCGGCUGGGGCUGUCUCGGACGCUGCAGCUGCGGUGGCAGCCUCUAUGCGCGCGCUCGACCCCGGCACACGCAUCUCGCGCGCCCUCCGUGAGGCGCUCUGGGAUGCAGUUCGAGUAGCAGGGCCGCCGCCCCCCGCGGCAGCCGAGGGCUGGUCCGACGUCGAUGUCGAGGACAGCGUGCGCGCGGCCGUCAAUCAGCCCGCGGCCGCGCUGCACGCGGCCGUGCUCGAGCAGCUCGCGCCGCACGGGCCGCCGGGGAAGGGCCUCAGCCUGUUGCACGAGAACCUUCUCCGCCUCGGCGCGAUGGAGGCGAGUCAGACGGCCAUCGAGCGCUGGAAGGAGUACGGAGGGAUCGAGCGGGUGUUCGCGACCAGCGAUUACCUGCGGCGCUUCCAGGGCAACGCCGGGGGGAAUGAGGCGCUGCGCCUCUUCUGUUACGGAGGGGAGGAGUGGGCGACGGUGCUGCGCCGCGCCGGCGUGUGCGUCGGCAGCCGCGACUCCCUCGACUUGUCGCCCGCCGAAGCCUUCGAGCAUGUACAGCUCGCGCUCCUUUUCUCCCACGGCAACCAUGCCGCCGUCGGAUGGGCCGAGAGGACGUUCCACGACGAGCAGCGCCACCUCAUGCGCGGGACGGGUCUCGGGCGUGGGGCGAUGGGCGCCGGGUUCUCGCGCACCGGCAACUACUCGCAUGGCCGCCUCACCCGCGAGCUGCGGGGCUGCUGCUCCGCCGCGCACGCGCUGGUGCUGGCCCGCGCGCGGGGCGCGCCGCUGCCGUCCGUCGAAGAGGCCGAGGCCCGCCUCUCCGCGGAGAGCACUGCCGACGACGCCGCCCGCUGGAUGGCGGCCGGCGGCGCCUCGCUGCUGUGCUCCGAGGAGGGAGUUAGGAUGUUGCGCAGCUCGCUCCUCGACUCCCUUCCCCCCGUCGUCGAUGAGCCGCCUGCGAGGCGGUGGCUCUGCGACGUGAUGGAGCCGAGAUUGCGCUACAAGUCCGACUACUACAACGCGCUGAUCUCGGUGUCCAACGCCUCGCGCAGCGCGCAGCCGACGGGCGUUGUCGGCGCCGCCCGCAUCUCCUUCUCCUCUCUCACGGCACUCGGCUACCACGUCGCGCCUCAGUGCGUCGCGUCGCACUACGCCGCGCGCGUCGCCAUCCUCUCGCCGGGCCGCACGGGCACAAUCUCCGUGCUCUCUGCGCUCUAUGGGCGAGAUGAGUGGGUCGUCGCGCCAUUCGACGCGCCGGAGCGGAUGCACGGGUCGGAAGUGCCCGCGGACUGGUCCGCCGUCGUGUUGCUCACGCCGCCGCUGCAGCGCGCUCGCAGCGCCCUGACCAAAUUGUGGUCGGUGAGGGCGAAGCUGAGUUGGGCGUGGAUGGUCGAGGCGCUCGGCGGCGCGGCCUCCUUUGUCUCGCCUGCUGCACUGCUCGACGCGCUGGUGCGACACAAGGCUGAGGCAGGCACGUGGGCGUUGCUGCGGCCGCAGCAGCAUUACCUGGACGCGGCGCGCCGGCACGCGCGGCGCGUGCGCACCGUGGUGCUGCGCCGCGAGCACGGCGCCGACUUUGGCGGCGACCUCCAGCAGGCGCUCCUCCAGCUUGGCGUCGAGGGGCUCGAGCAUGGCACCUUUGCCCGGAAGCACGCGAGUGAGCAGAGCGCAAAGAGCGAUGUGAGCGAUGUCCGUGACGCUGACUUCGAUCAGUUCCUGGCGGUGUACUGGCCUGAAGACGAAUGCUUGUGUAUGUGA